AUGAAUCACAGCACGACGCUGCGCGCAAUGCGCAUCCCGUCUUCGCGCCUUUGCGCAGGCUCCGUCCACUCGACUUUCCUCCUCUCCUCCAUCGCGAGAACAGCGACCCCCUACCACCGCUUGGCGAGCUCCGUCGCAACCGGAUCCACCCCCUCUUCCUCUCCAUCGCCGCCCGUUCCGAGCGCCAAAGUCAACCCCCCGGCCUCGACACGCCCGGCGCCCCUGGACCUCCCCGAGCGCCAGCCCGACUCCUCCAAGAUCGGCCACCUAAUCGCGACGGGCAAGGCCUACAUCAAGUUCUACAAGACGGGCCUCAAGGCUGUGUUCUCCAACCGCCGCCUGAUACAAAACGUCAUCGCCGAAAAGAGCGCCUCUGUCGAGGGCUUCCGCUCGCCCUCCGUCUUCACCCCUGGCGUCAUCCCCAAGGGCUUCUCGCGUGCCGACUGGAUGCUCCUCUGGCGCGUGCGCCACGACGUCCUACGCGUCCCGCUCUUCGGCCUCGUCCUCCUCGUCUGUGGCGAGUUCACCCCGCUCAUCGUCAUCUUCGUCGAUGGCGUCGUGCCCUACACGUGCCGCCUACCGAAGCAGAUUGAGUCCAGCUUCAAGCAGGCCGAGGAGCGCCGUCAGAACUCGUUCCUCGAGUUCGAAAAGGCCGCGCCGCAGGGCGUCGUGCCGGGGAUGGCGCGCGCCGCCGCCAGAAAGCACGUCCUCCGCAGCCUGCACGUGCCCGGCAUGAUGUGGGAGAAGCUCGGCUUCUUCCCGCCGGGCCUGUGGGCUACCAAGGGCCGGCUGCGGAUGGCCUUCCUGGAGGGCGACGACAGGUUAUUGGCGCGCGAUGGCGGCGCGGCUGGAUUGGAGGAGCAGGAGGUGCGCAUCGCGUGCACGGAACGCGGCAUCGACUGCAGUGGUCGCGACGAUGCGGAGUUGAGGCAGCUCCUCGACGAGUGGCUGCGACUUGUUGAUGCCGAGGAGGCCGAGGAGCGGAGGAAGCGCAUGACGGUCCUAUUGACCACGAAGCUCGAGAAAUGGCCGAAGGACAGGAACUUUGAGCUUCCCAAGUGGCAACUCUGA